AUGUCGUCGGAAAUGUCGCCGCCCAAUAAGAAGCGCACGUCGGAGCGGCAAAUCACGAAGGACGAUUUCCAGGAAGACGAAAACGAGGAGCCUUCAGGAUCAAACCCCUGGGCGGGAGGGUUUCAGAAAGCCUCUAACGAAGUAAUGGCGACUCGCCGCAUCGUUAAAGCUCGCCGGCCCGCAGGAGGCGCCGGCGCGUCUCCCGCUCCCCCCGCUCCUGCCGCCGCUGCGCCGCCUGAAAAACCGGCUCCGGCGGCUGCUGACGUGGCAGGCGGGUCCGACGUGGCGGAAGCGAAGGAGCAGGCGGAGGAGGAGGGGACGGAGGAGGUGAGUUCUGGCGGCAAGAGCGCGAAGAAGGCGCGAUCCGACGGCGCGGAGGAGGAGGAAAAGGCGGCGGCAGAAGGUUCCGCGAAGGAGGGCGACCAGACGGGAGAAAAAACUGCGGAUGGGGAGAAGAAAACAGAAGAGGAUAAGGCAGCGGCGGAGAAGAAAGGUUCAGGGGAGAGCGACAAGCAGGAGGCGAAAGCGGAGGGCGCGAAUGGCGCGGGAGCCGCGGCGGGGGCAGCGGCAAGCCCGUCUGGUUUCGUGGGUUUCGCCAAGGCGGCUCCGGGGUUCAACCCCUUCCUCUCCUCCUCCACCGCCGCCUCUUCCGGCGGAGCCAAUGGGAGCAGCGCAAGCGGCGCGAUCGGCGCGACUCCGGGCCUGGGGAUCGGGUUCGGCAGCAGCAGCGGGGGCGGCGGUGGCGCGCCAGCUGUCACGCUGUCGGCUGUCCACGUGGCGACGGGGGAGGAGAAGGAGCGCGCGGUUUUCGCGGCGGAUGCUACGCUUACGGGGGAGGAGAAGGAGAAAGAGAAAGAGAAGGAGAAGGAAGGGGGUGGUGCUGCAGCAGCAGUCGGUUUGACUAUGCUGGCGCUUCGUUUUAAGGACGUGGCUCAUACAGAGGAGCUGCUGUCGCUCAUUAACGAGUACAAGGGCGGCAAGGGGAAGGAUGCUUCCCAGAAAGCAAGAGGAGUGGUCUGUGAGGAGGAAACGAUGAUAAGGUCAGCAUGUCUUCCCAACUUCUUGUCAAGUCAAGUCACUGCUCUUCACAUGCUUGCUGCUCCAAGAGUUUGGAGCGGGGAAGGAAGCAGAGAAGGCAUUCCCAUCCCAUUCGUCCCCACUCGCUUCCGUUCCUCUUCUUCAAGUUCCAAGCCUGCAUUUCCUGCGUCGUUCGACGGGGCAGGAUGA